ACCAGCAUGACAGAGAUCGAUUCAAAAACUCCCGGCAUGGUGGGCUGGAUUGUUCAGGGUCUGGGCCUUUCGAUGCCACAGCCAGCGCUUAAAAACAAAGAAGGAUGUUUGGAGGACGGGAAGGUUGUGCAAAAUGCAGGCAGUGCUCGGUCAGCUCCCGGAGACCUCGUUCUUGAGGAGGUCGACUCUGAAGAUGAAGCUCAAGAAAAGUAUACAUGUCCAACAGCGAACUCACUGCCAAAUUCACAACCUCAGUCCCAACCACAAACACCUUGGUCACCGGAACAGUCUCUUCCACUGAGCGUCACCACACCCUCACAAGCACACAUAGAACUGGAGGACGCAGAAACUCAAACUAUCUGGAGAAAAGCACUCUGCAUCCUGCAGGACCCGUGCGAUAUGGUGCUGGAGGAGGUGGACUCGGACUGGGAGGCCCAGCAGAGGGAGCAGGGCCCGGGGCAGGAGGGCUCUUCCCUGCUGCAGGCGCUGCCCAGCAUCCUGCCUCACGUGCUGGCCAUGCAGGAGCAGGAGGACGCAGAGACCCAGACCGAGCGCUGGACGCCGCUUAUCGAGAGCAUCAAGAAGGAAGCCGAGGAGACCGCCAUAGCCAACAUAGAGGAGAGACUGCAGCUGGAGCGCGUGGAAGCGGCUCGCAUGGCGGAGGAUCUGGCCCGGCAGGCCGCCGAACUGGCCGUCAGACAGCUGGAGGAAGAGCACACCACGCAGAUCGUCAUCGACACCAAACCCGAAGAGCCGGACGACGAGGAGCAGAGCCUGGUGGACGUGUGCCCGGCGGAGCCCUCGCCGCAGGAGUCUGAGGUCUCAGAUCAGGCUCCCCAAAGUCCUCCGCCGCAGCCUGUGACCGCUCAGCCUCAACGGGCAUCUUUACCUCCUGAAGCUGACCAGGAAGAGGAACCUGCUGAAGAAGGAUGCGGAGCACCUGCUAGCUGCACUGGCGUAAAGAGCUGGAUUCUCUGCAUCCCCCCUGCUUCUGCAUGUCUGAGCAGCUUGAAUCUGCUGAAAAGCAGUAACGUUCCCCUGCCCAAGAUGCCCUCCGAUCUCCUGCUGCUAUACCAGGGGAUGUCCCAGCUCCCGAAACAAGCCAACGAGUGCUUCCAGAACGUUCUCCACCGCCUCAACAUCCUCAAGCCCAUGUAGAA